CGGCUGCGAUGACGUCACGCCACAUCACAUCAGUGCCAGAACUGGGAAGUCCAACAUUUCCACGCAGUUCUGUUCCACUUUAUACAGUGUGUGUUUUAGGGAGAAUUCUCGUUUUCUUAUGGCAUCUCCAGCAUCUCACAAAUGCAGGUCAGAACUUCGGCGUCCGCGUGAAGACUACAGGCUUCACGCAGCAGUGUUUUCGUUCCCGCAUCCGUUCUUUCUAUCGCAGUCCCGAGGGCCAUGAGCGGGUCCGGUCCCCGGGUGCAGUAUGAGCCUCCGCACAGCAGGGGGUGCUCUGUUCACCUCAUUGCACCCUAAUCUGUUUGUGAGCAGCAGUGGUGAUCGUGGUGGACGUAGUGGAAGCCGCUGGGGCUCUCUGAAACCCGUGUCUUCCCUCCUGCACACCAUGGUUCCUCCGGGUUACACUGCGCUGCAGGAAGAGCGUCUGGCCAUGGUUGAGCUGAACUCGCCCAAGCCUGAGAACGGCUUCCACCGAGAAGCCCGUCGCCUUUCAGAGCGCUCCGGAGACGCGCGCUACGGCGAGGCGGAGCCCAUGUUACCCGACGGACGACUCUCAGGAGACGAGGUAGACGAGGAAGAGGAAAGCGAGGAAGAAACCCAGAAACCAGCCCCACAUAACAUGCCCAAGGAGUCACCCCUGGCAAUGGCGCUGCAGAUCCUGGUGCCGUUCCUCCUCGCCGGCUUCGGCACCGUGUCGGCCGGCAUGGUGUUAGACAUAGUGCAGCAUUGGGAUGCGUUCAAAUACAUCACGGAGAUCUUCAUCCUGGUCCCGGCUCUCCUGGGUCUGAAAGGGAACCUGGAAAUGACGCUAGCCUCCAGACUCUCCACAGCGGUGAAUGUUGGGAAGAUGGACUCUCCCAUAGAGAAGUGGAACCUCAUCAUCGGCAACUUGGCACUAAAACAAGUCCAAGCUACAGUAGUGGGCUUUCUGGCAGCAGUGGCAGCUAUUAUUCUGGGCUGGAUCCCUGAAGGAAGGUUCCAGAUGAGUCACGCUGUGCUUCUCUGCUCCAGCAGCGUAGCCACAGCCUUCAUCGCCUCCUUGCUGCAAGGUAUCAUCAUGGUGGGUGUGAUUGUGGGCUCAAAGAAGACUGGCAUCAAUCCUGACAACGUGGCCACGCCCAUCGCCGCCAGCUUUGGGGAUCUCAUUACGCUGGCCAUCCUGGCCUGGAUCAGUCAGGGGCUGUAUAACUGCCUGGACUCUCACCCAUAUGUCUCAUCUCUGGUGUGUGCCUUCUUCAUGUCUUUGACUCCGGUGUGGAUGAUCAUCUCGUCUAAACACCCUGCGAGCCGACAGCUCCUCUAUUCUGGCUGGGAGCCUGUCAUCACCGCCAUGGUCAUCAGCAGUAUUGGAGGUCUGAUCCUGGAUAAAACCGUGUCUGACCCCAACUUGGCCGGCAUUGUGGUCUACACCCCUGUGAUAAACGGUAUUGGCGGAAACCUUGUGGCCAUCCAGUCUAGCCGCAUCUCCACACACUUGCACUUCCACAGCACCCCGGGGGAGGUUCCAGACGAGGCCAAGGGCUGCUACUAUCCCUGCAGAACCUUCUGCGGAUCAGGAGCCAAUCACAGGUCAGCCCAAGUGCUGCUCCUCUUGGUGCUCCCAGGCCACUUGAUCUUCCUGUACACCAUUCACCUGAUGAAAAGCGGCCACACCACGUUGACGCCCAUCUUCAUGUCUGUUUACUUAGCUGCAGCGCUGCUACAGGUGUUCCUCUUGCUGUCCAUCGCCGACUGGAUGGUCCACGCCAUGUGGAAGUCUGGGAAGGACCCCGACAGUUUCUCCAUCCCCUACCUGACUGCGCUGGGAGACCUACUGGGUACCGCCCUCCUGGCCUUAAGCUUCCACUUCCUGUGGGUGAUCGGGGACCAGGACAGCGACGUAGGCGAUUAGGGGCGAACGCUUUUCACCCACCAACCUGUUACAUUUUUAGCCAAAGCCGUGCGGCGUCGCUCCGGGAAACAACCAUCGACCGAGUCCUGGUAAACCACCUGACCGGAAAUAAUGUGUAAGAGGACCAGCGAGGACGGGAUUUCCUCAUCAGUCGGAACAUUUUAUAUAUUGCUUUUUAAAAGGACAGAUUAUUUCAUAUUCGCCUUGCGAGAGAUUCUUCUUCAUUCCAGACUCUCCUGGAAGAUCUCCUGCUUGCUUAUUUUUCCACAUGUGAACUAAUGUGACGAAUGAACUAAUUAUCAGCUCGCCUUUCUUUUUUUUUUCACAUCGCACCCACAAAUGAUUGCUCUAUAUUUUUUCCCUCAUCUGCACUUUGAAAGACGAACGGUACUUACGUGUUUUGGUCCAUCAGGUCAGAUACUUACUUUUCAAUGUUUACAUGUAUGCAAGUCUACACUGACAUCAGGCACGUACGCCUGCGAAUAUAUCGUCUAUACGUGGACUCAGCAUUUGUCUCGUCUAUACGUCUUUAUGUAUGUAUGUGUGUGUUUUUUGCUGUCCUUUUUUGGUUUUGCUUUUUUUGGGGAGAAAAUUAAAUCUGGUCUUUUUUUUUUUUAUACUCACAAUAAAUAUUAUUACAAAGAAGUAUUUGUUUCUAGUCAUUCAGCAAAGUGCCUCUUUUUUUUUUUAUCAUUAUACUCGAUAUAUUUGAUCCCUGCUGUAUAAUAAUCGUUUUUUAAAUUCAAGUAGUCAUAUAACAUGGAGACUCAACAGCUGGAAGGCUGAUAAUGCAGUUUAAUGCGUUCACAUCGUGAAAAAAGUGUAACGGAGACAGAAAAAAACCCGGCUGUGGUAUUUAUAGCACUGCACUAUAAAUAAACCUUCCAGUGUUUAUUAUGCAAUAAAAAAAAUGAUUGAAUGA